CACGCGACAACGAGAAUCGGGAAUUUUAAAAUUCGUUGUUGCCGCGACGCAGCACACGUUUAUUUGAGAUUGAAGGCGAAUUAAGAUGAAGUUCGUGUUGUUGUUGGCUUGCGUGGCCCUUGCCUGCGUUGCGGUCACAGACGCACAACAAGCGAGGCAACCAACCAGGCCCGGACGAUUCCUGUCGCUGCCAGUUCCACAAAAAUGCGCAAAUAGGCCGAAGGAAUGGAACUUCCGUGGACACAACUACUUCUUCAGCGGUCACGUGCAAGCCCAUAAAAACCAAAAAGUCGACUGGCUUGACGCCCGCAACAUUUGCCGAGAAUACUGCAUGGACCUCGUGUCGAUGGAGUCCCAAGAAGAAAACAACAUGAUCUUCAAGCUCAUCCAGACCAACGACGUGCCCUACAUCUGGACAUCCGGUCGCAUCUGUGACUUCAAGGGCUGCGAGAACCGUCCAGAUCUUGAACCUAAAUCCAUCAACGGAUGGUUCUGGUCCGCCAAUCGCGAAAAGAUCACACCCACCAACCAGACCCCAAUCGGCUGGACGUUCAACCCAUGGUCCAAGACCGGACACAAGAAGGUGCGCCAACCCGAUAACGCCGAGUACGACAUCAACAAGACCAACGAGUCGUGUCUGUCCGUCCUCAACAAUGUCUACAACGACGGUAUCGCCUGGCACGACGUUGCCUGCUACCACGAGAAGCCCUUCGUCUGCGAGGACAACGAGGAACUCCUCAACUACGUCGCCAGCACCAAUCGCGGAAUCCGCCUUUAAAUUUCUCAUCACCUGCCGAGAAUAAACCUCGAAUUUUUUUCAUAAGGCAUUCACUUUUGCGAGCGAAAAAAAAUCAUCAACACCCUCGUUGUAUUUUAGUUCAUAGCUACGUAGAAACUCUUCCGGAAUUUGGAGAUGAGAUUAUACAGAGAGAGAGAGAUAUAUAUGUGCUCGCGAAUUCCGGUUUUCGCUAGUUAUU